AUGACGACGAUUAGAAGAUCGGCGAAUCGAGCGCAGAAAAUGCCAACUGACAGCCAGCGGCCGGGGAAUUUGCAUGAGCAUUUAGCCCGAAUGGAGAUGGUGGGACGUCCGCAAGGUGGCAUCGGAUUCGAGAGACUCGUCUGGGCACCUGACCCAGUUCAUGGCUAUGUUCUGGGCGACAUUGUGGAUAUUCGAAGCGAUAGUUUAUCGAUUACGCGACGUAAUGAUGGGAAAACGAUAGACGUCCGUGCCGAUGACGUGUUCCCAGCCGACGCCUCAAAAGACACGACAGUCGAUGACAAUUGUGCCCUAAUGUAUCUCAAUGAGGGAAGUCUACUCGAAAAUUCGAGGCGACGAUUCAUCAAUAAACAUCAUAUUUAUACGUACGUGGCGAACAUCCUGAUCUCGAUCAACCCAUACGCGGAAGUUCCCGAUCUGUACUCGACGAAAACGAUGGUGUCCUACCGAGGAAAAUCCAUCGGACAAAUGCCUCCUCAUGUUUAUGCUAUUGCGGACAAAGCAUUCCGAGACAUGCGUCGCCACGGGAGAUCCCAGUCGAUACUUGUAUCUGGAGAAUCUGGAGCUGGAAAGACUGAGAGUCAGAAGGCCAUUCUCAGAUAUUUAUGCGAGAAUUGGGGACAGACGGCUGGACCUAUACAACAGAGACUACUCGAGACCAACCCAAUCCUGGAGGCUUUUGGCAACGCGAAAACGUCUCGCAACAACAAUAGUUCGAGAUUCGGGAAAUUUGUCGAGAUCCACUUUGACAAUAAGAAUUUGGUUACCGGAGGCCACGUCUCGCAUUACCUGCUGGAGAAAUCUCGAAUUGUCGGCCAAUCUGAAGGAGAGAGGAAUUACCACAUUUUCUAUCAAUUGAUCGCCGGUUCGGAUGCGGAUAUGUAUAAACUGUACGCCCUCGCACCGCCCGAUCGAUUUCAUUACCUGCGUCGCGGUUGCGUCGACUUUUUCGCACGGCCUGGCAAUGAAAGGGGAAUUAAUGCCGAUCGAUUGGCGCCGAAGGCCCAAACCCGUGUGGAUCCAAUUGUGGAUGACGCGGCAGAUUUCAAACGUCUCCUCUCUUGCCUCGAGAAAUGCGGCCUAAAUGAAGGAAUGAGAAAACAAGUGCUGAGUACGGUGGCCGGGGUGUUGCACCUCGGAAAUGUCGAUUUUGUGGCGGUGGAGGAGGGAGGAAAAGAUGGCAGUCGUGUCUCCCCGGGUGAAUCCGAGAAAUCAGCGAUUCGAGCGGCUGGAAUGUUUGGUAUCGAUGUUCAGCAGCUUCGUCUUGCCCUUACCACUCGUGCAAUGCAGCCAUCCAGGGGAGGAAUGAAAGGAACACUCAUACUGGUGCCGCUGAAGCCGGCUGAAGCAUCCGCUGCCAGAGAUGCCCUCGCAAAGGCCAUCUACUCGAGACUGUUCGACUGGAUUGUGGCUACGAUUAAUAAGAGCAUCCCGUUCACCAAUUCUCACAACUACAUUGGCGUGCUGGAUAUUGCCGGAUUUGAAUACUUCACGAUCAACUCGAUUGUAUUGAUCUGUUCGAGAAGAAGGGGAGUGGAAUGCUGGAUCUGCUGGAUGAAGAGA